AUGAGCUGGCCGUACCACUUCCUGACCCUCUCAAAGGAAGACGUCCUCCUCCGCCGCCACACAAUCGACCACUAUGCCCGCAUCGCCCUCUUGUCAGCUCUCGCACCGGCCAUAAUCGCCAUCCUCGUCCGCCUCGUGCUUCGCGCCGCCAGGCCGCUGCUUCGUCUCGGCCGAGAUGGUGGCGAUCGGGGCCGGUACUCGCAUAUUCCCGGGUCGCCCACCGUCAAGGCCCAGCGCAGCAGUGGCUUUGGCGCCUUGGUCGCGAGAUGGAGGGCGUUGGCGUGGUGGCUGGGCGACGAUGUUGUUUUGGGGGGCGUGAGUUGGGGGCAGAGGGAUGAGUGGGUGCUGGGGCUUCUUUGGACGGGCUGGCUUCUGGCUUUAUGUGUUUUGGAGACUGGAGAAGACUACCUCCACCUCACAAAACGCUUCGGCACCAUCGCCGUCUCCCAACUCCCCAUCCAAUACCUCCUCGCCCUCAAAGCCCUCAACCCCUACGCCUACGCCUUCAGCUCCUCCCACGAACACGUCAACCGCUACCACCGCACCCUCGGCCGCAUCAUCUACGCCCUCGUCACGACCCACAUCGUCCUCUACAACGUCUUCUUCGUACUCUCCGGCAUCUGGCUCAAGCGCUUCUUCGCCCCCGUCGUCUUCUGCGGCGUCCUCGCCGCCCUCAGCUUUGACGGCCUCUUCGCCACCGCCCUCGUCCGCGCAAGGCGGUACUCGUACCGCCUCUUCUUCGUCACGCACUUGGGCGUUGCGUUGCUUGCUCCCGUGCUGCUCUUCUUCCACGCUCAUUCCGGUCGUGUAUACGUCGCCGGGAGCGUCGUCGUCUUCCUCGCGGACAUUGCCUAUCGCAGAUUCACCAUGACUCACACGGCCUCGACGUUCGAGACUGUUCCCGGAACAAACCUCAUCAAAAUCUCCGCUCCUAUGCCCGCGGAAAAGAUUGAACAGUUCCGCUCUCGGCCGGGCUCCCACAUCUACCUCAGCAUCCCCCCCGAAGGCCGGACCAGCAAAUACCCAGCGUCCAAAUCCUUUACCUUUGACCUUCUCUUCAACCCCUUCACCGUUGCCUCCGCCAACCAAGACACCCAAAGCAUCACCCUCGUCGCCAGAAAGCGAACAGGCCCCAUGACCAGCAUCCUCUCCCAGUUCGCUGCUCCAACCUCCCUCGACGACAACAAAAUCACCCUCGCCAUCGAAGGCCCCCACGGGGCCAUCGGCAAACACUUCCAACACCUCCUCGCCUGGGGCGCCUCCCGCACCCUCCUCGUCGCCGGCGGCGUGGGCGCAACCUUCACCCUCCCGCUCUACCACGCCCUCCAACGCGAACUGCCCUCCGCCCACGCCCAAUUCGUCUGGGCAAUCCGUUCCGCCGCCGACGCCACCUGGGCCAUGACCGGCAACGACUCCGACAAGCCCCUCCUUGACGACGACAACGUCCAUCUCUACCUCACAGAGAACAUGAGCAUCUCCACCGACGCAAAUAGCAGAAGCCGCGAUGCAUCCAUCGAGCUCCAGAACAUGGGGCGAGGGUCUCGCUCUGCCGCGGGUACUAACAACAACAGUAGGCGCCCCAACUUUCAGAAGAUUGUAGACGACUUGUUCCGCCACGGCGCAGAGGAAAAGGUCGCCGUUCUAGUCUGUGGCCCGGAAGAAAUGUCGAAAGAGGUACGGCAACGGAUAGGACCAUGGGUUCUCAAAGGCCGUGAGGUAUGGUGGCACAACGAGAGCUUCGGAUGGUGA